AUGUUUCCUUCAUCAUACUUGGAUUCAUCGGUAGGUAAGUUUUUAACUGCAACGCUCAAGGAUGGAACAAUUGUCUCUGGUACUUUGAUUUCAACAGAUAAAUUCCAGAAUUUAGUUUUAGCAAGUGCAAGAAUUGAUUUUAAUAACGAAGAAAAAGACACAGAAACAACAUGCAUUCGUGGUAACUCAAUUAAAUAUAUAAUUCUUCCGAAAGAAAUAUCAGAUGUCGUUAGAGAAAAGAGAGAUGCUGAAAAGAGUGAACAACAAAAGAGGCAACAAAGUGAAUACAAUCAAAAUCGCGAAUAUCAUAAUGAUGGCCGUAAUAGAGGUGGUUAUAAUCGUGGAGGCCGCGGUGGAAAUCGUGGUGGCCGCGGAGGCUAUCACAAACAAUAUCAGAAUCGUCAGAAUCAACAGGAUCAAUAA